GAGCGAGAGCACGCGCGCGGACGACGGUUAGAAAUGGCGGUUGGAGACGGAGGAGGAGCAAGGGCGGGAAAAGGCGCAGCCUCGAGUGCCAAGAGCGUGGGUGCAUGGUUGCUUCCCUGGCCUUCCUUCGCCUCUUCUCCAGGCCUUCGACCUGGGGAAAGCCCCGGUGAAGACGUGAUCCGUUCAACUGAACAAAGGAAAUGGCGGCCGCACCCGAGCCCUUUAAACUCCUAGGAAUUUUAGAUGUUGAAAACAUUCCCUGUGCACGGGAUUCGGUAUUAUAUGGCUCAUUAGGAUCUGUUGUGGCUGGCCUUGGACAUUUUUUGUUAACUAGCAGAAUUAGAAGAUCAUGUGACGUUGGAGUAGGAGGAUUUAUCGUGGUGACUUUAGGAUGCUGGUUCCACUGUAGGUAUAAUUAUGCAAAGCUAAGAAUCCAGGAAAGACUUGCCAGAGAAGGAAUUAAAAACAAGAUUUUAUACGAAAGUACCCACCUUGAUCCUGCAAGAAAACAGACCAAUGGCGGCAGCAGCGGCAAUUGAGCAGUCUUGAGCAUAGAAAACCCAGAUACAAUUCACUUCAUUGUGAACAAAGCUGAGAUGAACUACAGAGAACGUUUUAUGUACCAUAAGACAGCUUUCAAUCAAGUAAAUAAAGUAUGUGUAAGCUGCAGUCUUUUUUACACGUGUCAGUCUUUACAAACUUAUUCUGGCUCUGUAUCUACUGUCCGUA